UCCUCAUCCUCCCCGUCCGCCCUGUCCUCCCCGUCCAUCCUCAUCCUCCCCGUCCAGCCCCUCCCGCCCCGUCCAGCCCCGUCCCCGCGGCCAUGGGCAACACCACCUCGUGCUGCGUGUCGGCCAGCCCCAAGCUCCACCGCAAUGCGCACUCGCGCCUGGAGUCCUACCGGCCCGACACUGACCUGAGCCGCGACGACACGGGCUGCAACCUGCAGCACAUCAGCGACCGCGAGAACAUCGACGAUUUGAACAUGGAAUUCAAUCCUUCAGACCAUCCUCGGGCCAGCACGAUUUUCCUCAGCAAGUCUCAGACAGACGUGAGAGAGAAACGCAAGAGUCUCUUCAUUAACCACCAUCCUCCAGGACAAGCAGCAAGGAAAUACAGUUCCUGCUCUACUAUUUUCCUAGACGAUAGCACAGUCAGUCAACCAAACCUCAAGUAUACAAUUAAAUGCGUAGCCCUCGCCAUCUAUUACCACAUCAAAAACAGGGACCCAGACGGAAGGAUGCUCUUAGAUAUUUUUGAUGAAAACCUUCACCCUCUCUCGAAAUCUGAAGUGCCACCAGAUUACGACAGGCAUAACCCAGAGCAGAAGCAGAUCUACCGGUUUGUCCGGACCCUCUUCAGCGCUGCUCAACUGACGGCCGAAUGUGCCAUCGUCACCCUGGUUUACCUCGAGAGGCUCCUCACCUACGCCGAGAUCGACAUCUGUCCGGCCAACUGGAAGCGCAUCGUCCUGGGGGCCAUCCUGCUGGCCUCCAAGGUGUGGGACGACCAGGCCGUGUGGAACGUGGACUACUGCCAGAUCCUCAAGGACAUCACCGUGGAGGACAUGAACGAGCUUGAGCGGCAGUUCCUGGAACUGCUCCAGUUCAACAUCAACGUCCCCUCCAGCGUCUACGCCAAGUAUUACUUCGACCUGCGCUCCCUGGCAGAAGCCAACAACCUGAGCUUUCCCCUGGAGCCCCUGAGCAGGGACAGGGCGCACAAGCUGGAGGCCAUCUCUCGCCUCUGUGAGGACAAGUACAAGGACCUGAGGAGGCCCACACGGAAGCGGUCAGCGAGUGCUGACAACCUGACCCUGCCCAGGUGGUCCCCGGCCAUCAUCUCCUAACCCGUCCCCCCCCUCGCCCCCAAGGAGGCCACGCCGCCCCCCCACCCCCAUUUCUCCUUCAGUGUGAGGAAAGACAGACUUCAGGGUGGUUCUGUUUUUGUUUCUCCUCCCCUUCCCACCCUUUUUCCGCACACAGCUCCGGGGGAGGGGGGGCGGUGUGCGGCAGGGCUCCCAGGGCAGCCCAGUCAGUAUUUUGGAAACCCCUCCACCGCCACCCUCUCCACCUCCGCCGUGAGUCACCCGCAGUGCCUCCUUCCUGGAGGAGAGACUGACCCCAGAGGAGGAAGGAAAGGGAGGGAGGGGAGUCUUUGUGGAGGCCAUCUCUCAAGGCCUGGCCCCCUCCCGCCAUGCCAUCCCGUCCUGGUCCUGGUCGUUGUCGUCUGUGACAGGGAUGGCGGGAAACACAGCCGUAGCUAAGGAAGGAGGCCAGACGUCGUUAAAGAUAACAAACCUCCCCUGCACCCCCGUGGAUCAGUCGUCUCCCUGACCGCCUGUAUUCUCUCUCGCUGCUCGGUUUUUCUCCCCUUGGGGCAUGGGAGGUCGGGGUGGGGGGAGACCUAGGGGUCUCCGGUUUGUCUUUUGUUGGGUUCUGAUUUUGGGUCCCACAGAGCAGAACAUCUGGUUUGUACCCGCCACGGCACAGACGUCCAAAUAAAUAGUACCGGCUGCUUCUCUUCUCUGCACCGUUCUUCGCGCUGUCUUCUGAGCGGCGCUCCACCCCUGCUUUGGAAUCGGAGCCAUCUGUCCCCGACCAGAAGCACGUCCCACCCCACCUGUCACCUCCUCCAGUUGCUAGGCUCCAUGGGUCUUUGUGCCUUCCGAUUUCCUCGCAUUCCCCCCCCCCCCCAUCUCCUCCUUUCUCUGGCCUGAAGACAUAGUUCCAAGUCGGUCAGACUGUGGGCAGAAGGAAGUCAGGUGCGGGCACCUGCGGGUGUCAGCCAGCUACUGCGUGGGAGCCGCACACCUGGACUUCCCGCCCACCUCACCCCUUCACCUUCACGUUCAUCGUCGCAAGCAAUAUUCUUCUCGAUUUUUAUAUGUUUACUUUCAAUCAAAGUUAGUCUAUUUGUAUAAAUUUUUUUAAAAAUCUAAAAUUAAAAAAAAAAAAAAAAAGAGCCAGGGUGGGUGGAUAUCCCAAAGGGAAAGAUUUGUGGAAGGGCAAAUGUUACUAUCUACUAAGCUAUUUUUCACAGAAUGAUUAAAUAAAUAAUAAAAAAAAACAAA